GCCGCCUGAGUCCGUCUGCCCGCAUCUGCCGCUAUUCCGGGAGCAUGAGAGCCCUUCGGGGGACAGCCGAGAGCCUCGUCAGGACCGGGUGGCGAUGCUGGCACUGGGGGAUCUGCAAGGCCCUCGCCCCACUGCAGGCGGCCUGGGUUGCCUUCUCUCGGCCUGUCCCAGCCAGCCACCGCCAGCUGCUGACCCAGCUCCUCCUGUGCGGCUCCCUGGCCACUGCUGCCGCAGGUCUGGCCCACCACUGGCUGGUGUCCUCGCUACUCUACCCUCUGGGGUCCUCGGCCCUGGUGGCCAUUGUCUGUGGCCUGGUGGUCUUCCUGGGCCUGGGCCUGGUGACCCCAGUUCGCUGCCUGUUUGCACUCAGUGUGCCUACCCUGGGCACGGAGCAGGGCCGCCGCCUGCUCCUCUCCUGGAGCGCUGCCACCCUGGCCGUAGCCGUGGUGCCCAACGUCCUGGCCAACAUGGGUGCGGCCGGGCAGGUGCUGAGAUGUGUCACCGAGGGCUCCCUGGAGAGUCUGCUCAACACCACUCACCAGCUGCACGAGGCAUCCAGGGCUCUGGGCCCCACCAGCCAGGGGCUGACGCUCCAGGCUCUGGGCAAUGGCUCUGCCUUCCGGCUUCACAUGCUCAGGGUCACUCAGCAGGUCCUGGAAGACUUCUCUGGCCUGGAGUCCCUGGCCCGGGCGGCAGUGCUGGGGACCCAGCGGGUGGUCACAGGGCUCUUGAUGCUGGUCCUCCUGGUGGACUCGACCUGGUACCUCCAUCGCUACCUGACUGACCUGCGGUUUGAUAAUAUCUAUGCCACGCGGCAGCUAGCUCAGCAGCUGGCCGAGGCCGGGGCCACACACUUGUUGGCCUCCCCACCAGCCUGGCUGCUCCGGGCGGCCAGGCCUAGGCUGUCCCCAAGGGAGCUGCUGAGUUGUUUCCUCAGGCUGGGGCUGCUGGCCCUGCUCCUGGUGGCCACAGCUGUGACGGUGGCCACGGACCAUGUGGUCUUCCUCCUGGCGCAGGCAGCCGUGGACUGGGCUCAGAAGCUGCCUGCCGUGCCCGUCACGCUCACAGUCAAGUACGAGGCUGCAUACACCGUCCUGGGCUUCAUUUCCUUCCUCUUCAACCAGCCGCCCCCGGAGAGCCCCUCCCUGUCUGCCCACAGGACCUUCCACUGGGAGCUCCGCUUCACGGCCCCCAGCUGCCCGCUGCUGCCCGCCCGGCGCCCCGGCUCGGCUGCACCCCUGGCUGCGGGCCUUCUGCAACUCGGGGCUUGCUCCACGGUCCUCCUGCAGGCCUACGCGCGCCGCCUGCGCCACACCAUCGCUGCUUCCUUCUUCCCCACCCAGGAGGCAAGGCGGAUCCGCCACCUUCACGCCCGGCUGCAGCAGAGAUAUGACAGGCUUCAAGGCCAGCAGCUGCCCCAGGGGACUCCUUCGUGCUCCGGACAGCAGGGCCUGCCAGCGAGCACCCAGCCUGGAGAGACAGGCCUACUGCACACUGGACACUUGGAAGAACAGAGAGCAGUGGGGGCACAGCGGAAAGAGCUUUGGACUGCACAGACCUGAGUUGUAACCUUGGUCCUUCUGCUGCCUCCCUGUG